CAGAGUUUCAUGCGAGAGACAAUCAACGAUGUAAUCAGAACGCAUUUAGUAACGAGCGAUUAUGGGGUAUCGACGGAGCCUGACCAAUACUUGCAUCCUUUUUUUCGAACUCGAUCAGACGCAAAGUUACAGUGAACAAGGCGAGGCUGUUGUUCUACGAGAAAAGGUACGGCGAAUUCGUCCAGGCCCUGCCGCCAUCAAUCACGGUCACCGUCGCGUUGAUCAAGUAUGGGAACGUCGUGGGCAAGAUGGAAAAGGUGAAGCGCAUUCUCCUGUUGAUAAAAAACGACAAGGAACAGUACCAAGACCUGCCGGAGUCCCGAAUUCUUGCCAAAUACGAUAGGCAGGGAAAGCUGAUCGUUCGUAUCUUUGGAGGAUAUCUCACCCUCGCGAUACUGCUAUUCCUGUCGCUCCCGUUGCCAGAAAUCAUAAGGGACGCGAGCAACCGCGAGAACAUCACCGAGCCGAAACUGCUGCACCCGAUGGAGUACAACAUCGACCAUUCAAAGUAUUACUACCAGAUCACGGUGCACGCUUACGCCGCGUCUGCUCUGACGGUGUUCGUAAUCGUCGCGCUCGAUUCGUUCUUCAUUGUAGCCAUCCAACACUCCUGCCUACUAUUCGCUAUCACAGGAUUUCAGUUGAAAACCGCUCACGUCUUGAAUGAGAUUAUCCUCUGCCACGAUGACCAAUGGAAAAUCGUUAACGUCGGAAGAUUCACGACGGCAGAACAGAGCCUCGUGUACCGGAAAGUUGUACGCGCUGUCGCGGGGCACAUGUCGGCCCUGAAAUACGUAUACCUUGUCCAGUCAACGUUCUCCUCGGCACUGCUCUUUCAAGUGUUCCUCACUCUUGUAUGCAUGACCGUCAGCGCGGUGGAAAUACUGCAGAACAUGAACAAGUAUGACAUUGUCCUAGGAAUGAUGCUCUGGUUGGUAGGCCAGAUAAUGCAUUUAUUCUUCCUCUGCUUCAAUGGGCAGAGACUAUCGGACUAUAGCGAGAACGUCUACUACGAUGCGUAAGGAAUCACUUGAAACACGUAAUCGUUCGAAAACCGAACAACAUCCGAAUAACUAUGCUUCCAGCAUGGAGUGCGUGUGGUACACGUUUUGCGCGAAGAGUAAGGUCGUUUAUCAGUUCUUCGUUAUGAACACCAUCACGCCUCACCGGUUGGUCGCCAUGAAAUUGAUGGUGUUGGAC